AUGGCUGACUUCCAAGGAAGCUGCCACCCCUCCACCCCUCCAGGGCUGGAUUCGCCCCCAGCUCUGCCAAGAGCCAGGCCAGCCUUGAGUCCCCCCUCACAGCCAGGGGCCCCAGUUCCCGAGGCCCCAAGUCAAAGCACCUGUGAGCUGCCGACCCGGAACCCGGGGUGCCGCGGGUGCCCAGCCCCGCCGCCGCCGCCCUGCCCGAACGGACGGACCCCCUUGCUGAAAAGCCCCGGCACCUGCGGCCACGGCAGGCGCCGCGUCGUGCUGCCCGGACCCCAGCCCGCAGGGGUCGGAGGCUGCCUGUCACCCUGGGCGUGGCCCCGGGGGUCUUUGUGUCUUUGUGACCCAUCGGGGGCGCCCGCGGGCCGAGGGGGUCGGCGUGACCGGCGGGGCGGCGGCGGCCACUGGCGUCCCGGACCCCAUGGCCCUCGAGGCCCGCGGCGCCCCGCGCGCGCCCGGCCCCUCCGGCCCCCGGCCCGCGAGCCCCGCGCGUCCCCGCCCGCGACUGCGCCGCCCGCCGCCGCCCGCCGCCGCCGGGCCCCGGGCCCCCCGCUCCCCGGCCCCGGCCCCGGCGCGCCCCCGGAGCCCGAGCCCUCGGGCCGGCCGCCCCGCCCCGCCGCCCUGUGCGCGCCCGUCGCCCCGGACGACGGCAGGACGCGCGACGGCCCCGCCUGGCCCGGCCAGGGUAAGCCGCGCCCUCCCCGCGCUCCCCCAGCGCCAGCCCGGAGCCAGGCGCGCGCCCAGAGUCCAGGCGCCCACCUACCCCCGGCCCCGCACCGGGCACCCCGACCCCCCCGACCCUGCGGCCCCGCACCGAACCCCCCUCGACCCCGCGAGACCCUCCGCGCCCACGGUCUCCCCGCAGGGGAGCCCGCGGCAGGCCCGCAGGAGGCCUGGAUGGAGCCCGCGGAGGCCCCCGAGCCUCUGGUCCACGCGCAGCACUGCAAGAAUCCCCGCACAGAAGACCAGAGUCCGCCGCCUCGCGCCCCCCAGGCCGCUGCGCUCACAAUCGAGCCUCGAACACUCGCUCACGCCUUCCCCGCCCGCAGCGCGCCUGCCAAGGGUCUGCGAGGGGCCCCCUGGGAGCUGGGCAGGAGGGGCCUGGGGCCCACCGAGCUCGGACUGGCAGUGGAGACAGGAUCCUGGGAGCCUGGGGCUGCCUGUGUCAUGGCUGUGGGUCACGCGGGCCUGUUGGGCCUCCACCCUUUCCAUCGCCUUCCCCUCCAUUCCUCUUUUGCAGAACUAAAACGAGGGAAUUCCCAGGACCUCACUAUUUCUCCCAAAUUAGACAGAUACAAAAUAGCGAGGCAGCUGACAGAGAAGGCCAUCAAGGAAAAGAAGAUAUUUUCCAUCUACGGACACUACCCCGUGAUCCGGGACACCCUGCGCAGGAAGGGCUGGGUGGAGAAGAAGUUCCACUUCUCUCACAAGACUGUGCCCAGCUCCAAUGAGGAAAGCAGAAGCACUGACACCAAGGAGGACCAUGAGGGAGCUACAGAGACUGAGGACAUCUACGACGUGAUGUCCAGGUUGGUGAAGAACGAGACGCCGUCCCUGCUCUGGACCAUCAAGCGCGAUGUGGUCGACCAUCACAGCCUGGGUUGCGAGCAGAUGCUCAACCACUAUGGGAAGACGGCGUCCUUCACCACCAAGAUCGGGCUGUGUGUGAACCUGCGGAGUCUACCCUGGUACGUGCAGGCCGACCACGGUGCCUUCUUCCCGCGCUGCUACUUCCUCUGCUCCCAGAGCGAGAAGCAGGACUUCCUGGAUGAUUUCCGGCUCACAGCCGCCACCAGCAUCCUCAAGUGGGUGGUCAGCCACCAGAGCAACAGCCGCACCGGACAGGGGCCCCAGUGUCCAGAGCCCGAGAACCCCAGCACCAAGAAAGUGCUGCCCUCGGACCCCGAGGACACGGAGCCCAGGUCCGCCAGCCUCUCGGGAGAGCUGGUGGAAGUCGCCUGCCGGGUGUGCCAGACCUACCUGGGGCAGCUGGAGCACGAAGACAUCGACCUGUCCGAGGAGGCCAGCAACGACCUCACGGAGGACGAAUGGGAGGACCUAACCCAGAAGUACUACUCCCUCAUCCAGGGCAAAGCCUUCAUCGCUGACGCAAGAAACCACGUGUCCCAGUGUCAGGCUCUGCUGAACAAGCUCUCCUCCGUGAACCCACAGACCGAGAUUGACGGACUCCAUAACAUCUGGAUCAUAAAGCCAGCAGCCAAGUCCCGGGGCCGAGACAUCAUGUGCACGAACCGCGUGGAGGACAUCUUGGAACUGGUGGCCGCGGUCCACGCCCCCAGCAAGGAGAGCAAGUGGGUGGUGCAGAAGUACAUCGAGACGCCGCUGCUCAUCUACGACACCAAGUUCGACAUCAGGCAGUGGUUCCUGGUCACCGACUGGAACCCGCUGACCAUCUGGUUCUACAAGGAGAGCUACCUGCGCUUCUCCACCCAGCGCUUUUCGCUGGACAACCUGGACAGCGCCAUCCACCUCUGCAACAACUCCAUCCAGAAGCGCCUCAAGAACGACAAGGAGCGCAGCCCGCUGCUGCCCGGGCACAACAUGUGGACCAGCACCCGCUUCCAGGAGUACCUGCAAAAGAAGGGCCGCGGGGCCGUGUGGGGCAGCAUGAUCUACCCCGCCAUGAAGCGCGCCAUCGCCAACACCAUGCGCGUGGCCCAGGACCGCGUGGAGCCGCGCAAGAACAGCUUCGAGCUCUACGGGGCCGACUUUGUGCUGGGCCGCGACUUCAAGCCCUGGCUCAUCGAGAUCAACUCCAGCCCCACCAUGCACCCCUCCACGCCCGUCACAGCACAGCUCUGUGCCCAGGUCCAGCGGGACACCAUCAAGGUGGUGCUGGACCGUAAGCAGGACCGCGACUGUGACAUCGGCAACUUCGAGCUGCUCUGGAGACAGCCCGCCGUGGACCUUCCACCAUUCCACAGCUCUGACCUCUGGGUGGAAGGGACCAGCGUGAGGAGGAACAAGAGGCCAGGGCUGCCGGCCACCACCAUGAGCAUCCAAGCCCCACUGCUGGAGGCCCAGCCGCCGAAAGUUGGCUACCCCCUGGCUACAACAGACCUCAUGUCAUGCGACCUGGCAGGGCCUGUACCGCAGGAUCCCAAUGAGAGGGAAGCCAAGGGCCUGAGCUGCCACCUGCCCGAGCAGCCCAGAGGGAAACCUGGCCAUGCCACCGAAGCCAGGGCAUCAACUCUGGCCAGCCACCUGCAACGCAUAGACAGCAAAUUUGUGAAAGUGGGGCUGCCCCAAGUCGAAGUUGCCAGGUGCAGGGACCUGAGCCUGCUGCGCAGGCAUCGCCUGUCCCCGGUGCUGCCAGCUCCCCGCACUUGGGACCCUCCUGGCCGCCUGCCAGGUGCCCCAUACCUGCUGGCAGCCCCUGAGCGGCGAGGACUGGCCCAGCCCCUGGCUUCUGUCACCAUGGCACCUCCCUUCAGAGCACAGCCCAAGCCUUCUGCCCUCCUCACCCAUGUGGCGGUGCCACUUGAGCCAGGCUCCUACCACCUUCUUCUCCCCAAGUGGCAGGUGGAGUGGAGCUUCUGUCUGCCCUUCCUGUAG